AUGAUGGGGCUUGUAGUGUUUUGCAGCAGCAUCUUCGCUUUGCACCUUCUGCUCAGCGUCCAGUGUCUGCCGGUACACGACGGCAAGACCAUCGGUAGGCACAAACAGGUACCGGGACGACCUCAGAAGCACCAGGACCUUGGUUUGAAGAAGAGGGUAAAGCUCGAUCAGGACACAAUUAAUGAAGACUAUCAUCUGACGUCUCUAGUGCCUUCAGGCAAUGACACUGAGUUCUGGAAACGUCCGCGCUGUGGUGUCCCAGACUAUCCCACCUCAAAGCAGCUUGGCUUGUCAUUUUACAACAUGAAGAAGAAGGGAGCACUCGGGCGACAACAGCGCAGGAAACGAUUUGUGCUCUUUGGUGGACGUUGGGAAAAGACUGACCUCACUUACAAGAUCAUUCGUUUCCCCUGGCAGAUGAGUCAGGACAAAGUGCGUCGCAUCUUGCAGGAAGCAUCAAGAGUCUGGAGUGAUGUGACUCCUCUGAGGUUCAGGGAGGUCACCACAGAGAAAGCUGACAUCAUUAUUGACUUCAACAGGUAUUGGCAUGGAGACAAUUUGCCAUUCGAUGGUCCUGGCGGGAUCCUCGCCCAUGCUUUUUUCCCCCGAACACACCGAGAAGGAGAAAUCCACUUUGACUAUGAUGAGUACUGGACAGUGGGCAACGAUGUGGGCACAGAUCUCUUACAAGUGGCUGCUCAUGAGUUUGGCCAUGUCCUGGGCCUCCAGCAUUCCCUGGUGCCUGGUGCUAUCAUGUCACCUUUCUACACUUUCUCCUACCCAUUGGAGCUGGGCGAGGAUGACAAGAGGGGCAUCCAGUUCCUCUAUGGCCCCCCACAGGAGAGACCCGCGGAGGCCACGGAAACCAACCACAUUGAUACUGGAGUGCCGGAUGCCUGCUCAAUAAGUUUUGACGCCGUAUCCAUGAUCAGAGGGGAAUUGUUCUUCUUUAAGUCUCGAUAUGUUUGGCGUAUCCGUGAUGGGCAGCUACAACCUGCAUACCCAGCCUUGGCGUCCCGCCACUGGAGAGGCAUUCCUGACCAAAUUGAUGCUGCUUAUGAAGACAAGUCUGGGAACAUCUGGUUCUUCCAAGGUGACAGCUACUGGGUGUUUGAUGCUGAGAGGAAAAUCACAGGACCAGAUUCAGUGCGGCGGCUCGGUCUGCCUGUAUCUGACAUCCAGGCAGCUGUGAAGUGGGAAGAGGAGCACGUCGAGAAAGUCUACCUCUUAAAGUCAGGAGCUUACUGGCGCUUCAGUCUGCAGGAUAAUCGUGUCGAUGCCGCACACCCUCACAGCAUGCACGACUGGGGCGGCGUGCCCAGCAAUAUCGAUGCAGCCUUCCGAGACAGAGAUGGCUAUGCCCAUUUCCUGAGUGGGCUGCACUACUGGAAGUUUGAUCCUGUUGAGCUGAAGGUCCUACAAGGCUACCCCCGCAACAUAGGUGUGGAUUUUUUCAGCUGUGCUGCCUCCACAUAUCUGUAAGGUCAAGCAUGUAUUAUCUCCAAAGACUCUAAACAGGAGUGGCUUUAUACCAACUCACUUCCCUUCAAUUUUUGUUCCACUCAGUGGAAAUGUACAUCAGGCUGAUUUAUUUCAUUAAAAUGACUACAAAUGCACAUAUGCAUUCAACAGCAUUGGCACGCCACAGUCUUGCCUGCUGCAGUCAAAUAAUAUAAUAGCUUAUCUGUAUCAGAAAAUGUAUGAACUAUGUUACCAUUUAUAGAUUGUAUACUGGUUAUAAGUUUACAGGACAACACUCAACAUCUGUGGUAAAAGGGGUGCACAUAAUACACAUCAGACCCACUGGCUAAUGUACAAGCAAGGCUCCAUUCCAACUAAGUAUAGCUGAGCCUUUCUAAUGGACCAGCAUGAACGGCAGCACGACCCUGGCUCCGUUAGACCUGAGUGGAGCUGAACCUUCAUUAAUGUCAGUAGUAAUACCUGUGUUUACCUGCUGUCCUGAUGUCAUAACGGCUGCUGUGAAAAAGGUCCAUUGAGAACAUAUAAAAGUUGUUAUUGUUCAUCAUUACAAAUCAACAGUACAAAAACCUUUAGCUAUUUGACUGCCUUCUCUCAUUUCCUGUGUAAACAAAACAAAUUAUUCAUCAAGUGUAAUCAGAGGAGAGAUCCUCCUCCGGCAAGAGUACAUCAUUUGUGUUAAAUUUUAUGUCUGUUUAACCACAAGGCCAAACUGCCUGAAAGUCGGUGUCAUCUUUGAACAUCUAUUUCUGUGAGUUAGGCAGAAAGCAGAGUGGUUUUAGGGAUGAAGGGAUGAGGGGGAGGCAUGACAACAAACUCUGACAGCUGUCUCUGCUGACAGGAGGAACAGUGAGACAUGCAGAGGUCAGCUUGCCACAGGAUACUGAGCAGUGGAAAGAGUACUACAAAUCACUCCUCAAGUACAAGUACUGUUACUUUGCUGCUAUUUUACUUCAGUAGAAGCAGAAGUAGUGCUGUGAAAAUCUACUGAGGUAAAAGCAAAAAGUAGCUCAUCUCAAAUGUUCAAACUAGAAUGUUUUAAAAGGGGCAUUACGCAAAACUACAGAGGGUUUAUUGAAGUGAGGACCCUGUUGACUCAGCUGUCUAAAAAUGUGGAAUAAGCGUAUAAUAUGAUGACUGAGUCUGCAUGGUUCUCAACGCCAGGCAUACUCACUGAUAUAAUUCCCCUUUUUUUCCACAUUUAUUCCACAUAAAUGCCUGUUAAGUCUAAAUGGUCCUCACUUCCAUCGCCCAUCUGCAGUUUUUCGUUGUGCACCUGUUAUUGGAAAUUUAGAAAUGAGAAAAAGUAGUACAAGGUAGAACCAGAUUACUCUUCUUGUCUUUGCUGACUGAACUUUUAUUGUGAAAGGUUCCACAAUCUGUCACUGAUCAUUUGUUCUCUGUAAUGGAUGUGAUUUAAUGAAGUUCUCAAGCAAAAAUGUGCUUCAGUAAAAGUAAAAUUACUGACCACAAGUACACAAAACAGCUACUCAAUUACAAUAUCAUGAGUAAAUGUAGUUAAUUACUUCCACCUCUGACACUGAGGCAGCAGAAAUGGAAAGGAAACCAUCCCGUGCAGAAUAAUUUGACUUGCAUUCAAGUUGAGGGAGCCCCAGUUAACAGACGGCAUGGAAGAUUGAAGUAUUUUGAGGAUAAGAAUCUCAAGUGGGAGGCAGUGAACAUGUCUGUGGUGUGUGGCGAAGAUCUCAUUUCUCAAGAUAAUGCAUUUUUAAAUACUUAAAUCUCUGUGCACUCCCCUCCCCACUCAGACAAAAUCAUUUUAAACAGCAUCUAGGUUUCUUUUUAAAUUUUGAAAAAAGUUGAAGAUACACCAAUUGAAUGAUUCAUUUUGCUGCAGCGAAGAGUUAAACUGAUAUGUCUCCUUGGUCUUUUAUUUUUGGCUUGUUUUGACAGAACAAUGUUGUUCCAAAAAAAGUGUUGACUUGGGGAGUUUCACUAGGAACCUCCAUAAAAAAUGUACUGAAACUGUAAUUAUUUGAAAAAUGUGAAACCAGAUUACAAAUCCAGCAUGCUUAUCAGUUUUGUGACAUUGCACAGGGAACUUGGUAACAGCCACAACAUGUUGUAAUAUUAAUUUUAAGAAAACGUAUUCCAUUUUAAUGCAAGGUCCUUCUCAGAUAAAUGACAUAUACUACAAAUACUAUGGUGUGACUUAUUUUUGUGAGCUCUUGAAUAAUACAUCUGUUUGUUUCUGACUCAAGGUGCUAUAAAUCAGUGCAGGACACUGAUACCAUUGAUUUGUAAAAUAUACUGUGAUGUGACUGCAAAAAAAAGCCUUCCAACAUAGCUGAGGUAAAACUCUGAGCUAGCACUGUUAUUACUUUAAUUAUUGUCAACAUGCCAUCACAACAUUUUUUUAAAAUAUAUUUUUAUGUAUUUUCAGUCUAUACUUAACAGUUUGCCUUUGCCUGUAAUGUUUUCAGUGAACAUUCAGUGUGCGUUUCCCAUGUAAAUAAUUUUGUCGAGAAUCAUGUUUAAUUCUGUGUUUUCAA